CGACUGUCCUAGAAUGGGCACAGGCCGCACUCCUGAUAUGCCCCGGCACUCCUCCUCUCUGUGUGUCACACAUUGGUGCAGUCCCAAAACAUACUGUACGUAUGGGAGAGGAGAGAACAAACCAAUGAAAAGGGGAGGGUGCGCUCACCCAAAGCACCCUCCCGCUCCUCUCCCACCCUCUCUCUACACACACAACUCUCUCUCAACUAAAUGACUGUUUGUUUAGCCAUUUGACUCCUUUUCCUCCUCUCUUUGCUACCACUUUCAUUUUCAGUUCUCUGUGCUCUGAAGUCUUUCUGUGAGACUAGGUGCCCAGUCCUAGCCCGGACGUGACCAACCCCUCUUCCCUUGAACUUCUCUCUCCCCCUUUUCUUCCUAUUCUCAUAUGUGUGGUGUGAGCACAAGGCACGGUCCGGGCUGUAAGUGGCUGGGUUGCCAGAUACCCCUCCAGUCCUGGGCCUCCAACCUCCGCCAGGCCUUUUUCGCAGGCUGAUGCCAUCAAAACAGGGUGGCGGGGAGGCCUGUAAGUGGCAAUCACUCUCCUCUCUUGUCAUCUGGUUUCCUUUCUCUCCAUUUUCUCUUCUGCCGUUCUCAUUCUUGUCUUCCCAUCUGUUCCAGUGUUUCUUCUACUGCAUUUCUAUCCAUCUUUCUACUUUGUUUUACUUUAACCUAAAAUGUGCUGAAUUGCUUCCAGAAAGCAUUUUGGGUUGUCAAGUACUUAACAAUGAGAGAGAGAGAGCGAAACAAAGAGAGUGAGGUGCCAACAAGCGGGGCAUUCAUAACACACGCCACAGCUCCUGUGGCCGUGUCCAUGGUAUGAGAAAUGACUUGAUUUGGAACCCUCCCCCCCUCCGUAUCCUCUCUCUUUCCCUCCUUUUACCCCCUCUUUGUCCCGCUCCCCCUCCCCUCCAAAGCUUCACUACCAUGCUGAAGAACAAGGCGCCAACAGCGGUGAGUGUGCGAGCCACCAUGCAGCAGCAACACAUGGCCAGCGCCCGCAACCGCCGCCUCGCCCAGCAGAUGGAGAACAGGCCCUCUGUGCAGGCCGCUCUGCACCACAAGCAGAGCCUGAAGCAGCGCCUGGGGAAGAGCAACAUCCAGGCCAGGCUAGGCCGGCCCAUCGGGGCCUUGAUGCGGGGGGGCGCUGGAGGCCGGGGAUUCGCCGUUGGAGGGAUGCGGGGGAUGACCAGAGGAGGUCUACGAGGCCGCGGCAGAGGAGGAGCCCUGAGGGGAGCUAUGGCUCUGAGAGGGAAUCGCCUUUCCCCAGGCAUGGGCCAGAUGCGUGGCAGAGGGGGUCCAGGCCGUGUGGCCCUCCGUAGGGGAAUGCGUCAAAGAGGAGGGGCUGCUGGUCGUGGGGGUGCCUUCGGCAGAGGAGCUGGAAGAGGAAUGGGAGCCAGGGGACGAGGUGGCCUGCGUGGGCGUGGUGGCUUCGCCGGCAGGGGUGGUGGCCGCGGUCGUGGUGGUGGAAGAGGAGGCCGUGGCAGGGGAGGUGGCCCGGGAAUGACCCGCGAGCAGCUGGACAACCAGCUUGACGCCUACAUGUCCAAGACAAAGGGCAACCUGGACGCAGAGCUGGACGCGUACAUGGCCCAGGCUGACCCAGAGGGCAUGGAGUGAACCAGGACCUCUACCACAAGAGAGUAGGGACUCCUUGAACAGGCCCACACUGAGACAGUACUGAUAACAUGAUGACACAGAGAGAAGCUUGUAUAGUACAAUUACACGACACAAACUUAAUGAUAAACGCACAUACGUAAACUCAGUGCAGUGUCUCACACUACAUGGCUCAAAUUUGACAUGUGAUCACAACAUCGGCUUAAAUAUAAAACUCACAUACUCACUGACACACAUGCAUACAAACACACUCAUUCUAAAAUUGUGGGCUUAUGAAGAGAACUGUUUGAAAUUGACUGUUUUACUGAAUGUGGACUUGACCAUUCUAUCAGUAUCAUUGCAAAGUAGACUCGCACCUGCACAGUUUAAAACUUUUUCCUGUAUGUGCAAGUGUGCAUGAAGAAAACAAAGAUAUUUUAGACUUGAAUGGACGACACUGACCGGAGUAGAGACUUAAAGAACCAACACUAUCAACACUCCUCAAAGGCCUGCUUUUUGGACUAGAAUCUCUCUUGGCAUAAUCUGUUUUGAAGCUGAAUUGGACUAUUACCGAACUUUGCGUCUAUGUCCAUAUGGUUAAAAGUGCUUUAGCUCCAUCAUGUCUAACUAGCAUCCACUUCUCAUAUUUCGUAAACCUAUUUUUUACUACCAUGUUUUUAUGUUAGGAUUUGUAUUUAGUAAUGGAUGCUCCUUUUUAUUGUUUUAGCAGAAGUGUACAAAGACUUGACUCGAGUAAAAAAUCUAAUGAAAAUGACAAGGGGAAUUCUAGAGAGAUCAUUUAUUGCAUUUUUGUUCUAUUUAACGCCACCAACUUUGCUUCUGGAUAAUUGACAUAUGUUGCUGUCUUUGGUUGAAACUCCCCUAACAGCAUUUUAUGGAUGCUUGACAUACCAAAAAUAGCAACUACACAAGAAGGUGCAAAAUAUUUCCAUCCUGGUGUCAAUUGUAUGAAUUUGAAAUGGUCUUUAAAAAAAAACUGUGGUUGUUGAACACCACUCAAAUGAAGUGAGUGAGAAUGUUUUCAGAUUGUGUCCAUCUGGAUGAAACUAUCUAAACUCCAAUUGCUAUGUAAUUCCCUCUCCUUCCAUCUGGUUAUUGGCAGAGAAUAAACGUGUAUUGUCAUCUUCUCUUAA